AUGUCUUUCCUGACCGGAGCUAUUCGUGUUGCUGCCGCCUCAUCGGUGCGUCUGUACUCGGACCACAGCGAGUCGUUUGAGGAGUUCAACGAGCGCUACGUGAAGUUCUUCGAGGGUGUGCAGGAUCAGUUCGAGGCGCAGCGUGGCCUGAACAACGCGUUCGCCUACGACCUUGUUCCCUCGCCUGAGGUCCUUGAGGCCGCGCUCAAGGCCGCUCGCCGCGUGAACGACUUUGCGCUGGCCGUCCGCAUCUUUGAGGGCAUCAAGCACAAGACCGAGAACGACUCGCAGUACAAGCAGUACCUUGAGGUGCUCAAGCCCCUGCGUGAGGAGCUCGGUGUGCCGCUGAAGGAAGAGCUCUACCACGCGUAA